AAAUGCUAUAAUUUACUAUAAUUUACAUUUGUAUUUUUUAGGAGUUCAACAUGGAACUCUUCGCAUCGGCCAGACAAACCCUGAUAAUUACUACUGCGAUACUAUCACCUUCCCAACGACCUUUACUGGAGUUGAUCCUGUCAAAGUCUUUACGUCAGUUGGAUUUGGCACGAGCUCAUCACGUGUACAUGACGUAGUGUUCACGUGGGUUGAGUCUGUCACUACAAGUAGUUUUAAAGUCUGUCUGGUCGAGAAUGGGGUUGGAUCAAGAGGUAAUGUGACUAUAAAUUGGAUGGCUUACCAAGGCGUGCAGUCUGGUGUGACAGACGGCUCUGUGAGGUUGAACGACUGGACGACGRGAACGGAGUGCAAACAAGUUACUUUCUCUCACUCCUUUCCAAGUGUUCCUCAUGUCUUCGUUACUGCACAUCACAAUGUGUUGGACAMCAAGCAUGAUGCAGCUACAGUUUGGGUGGAAGGAAUCACCACAAACGAUUUCAUUGUUUGUAUGAGAGAAGCAAGAACCUUUGAURGACGCCAUAAAGACAUCGAUGUGGUUUGGAUGGCAAUGACUGAAGCUCCCCAGACAUGGAAUUAUCACGACUUUAUAAGAGUAGACUUUCCAAACACACUUGUACCAAGCGAGGCUGAUAAUAAUGCGUUUUGCCAG